AUGGAUCCAGCCCAGAGAAUUCCCAGCUCCCCUUGGAUUCCAGGGAUUUUCCUGAGCUGGAAUUUUCUCCUCCACCCCCCCUGGAUCCCCUUUACCCCCUGAACCCUGAUGGGACUGUCCCAGAUCCCCCAGAGGAGGUGCUGCAGGCUCUGAGGAUUUUGGGCUUCGAUUCCUUCAGGCCGGGCCAGGCCGAGGCCGUCAUGAGGAUCCUUUGUGGUCUCUCCACGCUGCUGCUGCUGCCCACGGGCUCGGCUCAAUCCCUCUGUUCCCAACUCCCCGCCUUCCUCUACCACCGCCGCUCGCGCUGCAUCUCCAUCGUCGUCUCCCCCCUCAUCUCCCUCAUGGACGACCAGGUUUCUGGCCUUCCCUCGGCGCUCACAGGCGUCUGCAUCCACUCCAACCUCACCCCAUCGCAGUGCGAGGCCGCCAUCAGAAAAGUGAGGAGCGGCCAGGCCCAGCUCCUGCUGCUUUCCCCACAAUCCAUCACGGGAUCCGGAUUCUUUUCCCGCCUUUUCCCACAUUUCCCCCCGGUGGCUUUCGCCUGCCUGGACGAAGCCGAUUGCGUUUCCCGCUGGGCGCACAACUUCCGGCCGGCCCAGCUGCGCGUCUGCAAG